AUGACUACCCAACAAGGCGCUAUCAGCAAGCGCCGCAAGUUCGUUGCCGACGGUGUAUUCUAUGCCGAAUUGAACGAAUUCUUCCAGCGCGAGCUGGCCGAGGAAGGUUAUUCUGGUGUCGAGGUCCGAGUCACCCCAACUGUUACCGAUAUCAUCAUCCGUGCAACCCACACCCAAGAAGUCCUGGGCGAACAAGGCCGACGCAUUCGCGAACUCACCUCUCUGAUCCAGAAACGCUUCAAGUUCCCCGAGAACAGCGUCUCCCUCUAUGCUGCCAAGGUGCAAAAUCGUGGUCUCUCCGCCGUCGCACAAUGCGAGUCUCUCAGAUACAAGUUGCUGAACGGCCUGGCCGUGAGACGUGCUUGCUACGGUGUUUUGCGGUUCAUUAUGGAGAGCGGAGCAAAGGGAUGUGAGGUCGUGGUUAGUGGAAAAUUGAGAGCCGCUCGGGCAAAGAGUAUGAAGUUCACGGACGGUUUCAUGAUCCACUCCGGUCAACCCGUCAACGAUUUCAUCGACUCCGCAACCCGACACGUCCUCCUCCGCCAGGGAGUUCUGGGCAUCAAAGUAAAGAUCAUGCGCGGCUCUGACCCCGAAGGAAAAGCCGGCCCACAGAAAUCGCUUCCCGACAGCGUUACCAUCAUCGAGCCUAAGGAAGAACAGCCUGUCAUGCAGCCCAUGAGCCAGGACUACGGUGCAAAGGCAUUGGCCGCUCAGCAGGCAGCACAAGAUGCCAGGGCGGCGGCGGAGGCGGAGCAGGAAGGUGGUGCUGCCGAGGAGCAAUACACCCAGGAGUAG